AUGGCAGGGCCGUAUCUGUCACCAUUGGGCCCUCAGGCUGACUUGCUCACCGAAUACAUGUUUGGAAGACGUCGUCAGAGACGCAAUCGGACGACUUUCACUCCGCAACAGCUUCAAGAACUAGAAUCCCUCUUCCAGAAGACGCACUAUCCGGACGUUUACCUGAGAGAAGAAGUCGCUCUUAGAAUUUCACUCUCAGAAGCUCGUGUCCAGGUUUGGUUUCAAAAUCGGCGAGCAAAGUGGCGAAAACAGGCCCGAUUACAAUUGUUACAAGACGCAUGGAGAAUGCGAUGCUUAGGAUUAGGAAGCGCGGCACCCCUCCUUUUGAGGCCUCCCGCUACCACAAACGGACCACCCCUAUCCAACUCUGACAAAAUACCCGACACUCCGACUCUAUCCGUUUGCAGAGAUUAUAGGAUUCUUCCACCUCCCCACGGAUAUUCAUUAUCCUGUGAAAAGUCUCCGGAGAGAAUGAAAUGUGGUUGUGGUUCUCCACCAAGAAUAUGCGGUAGUCCAGUAGAAAGAAAUACUAAUUUAACUGUAAGAGAUAGGCCUCAGGAGGCUGAGAUGGAUCUCACUGUGAAGGGUCCACCCCGGCACACACCGAUUGUUACUUUAUUCCAUCAACUGCCUCAACAAGAACUCAGUCCUUCGCAAAAUAUUGACGAACCGUUGGACGUUACACUCAACGCCAACAAGAAUAACUAA